CCUCUCAUCAUUUCCUUCCAAUGGCUUCCAUUCCCAAUCUCUCAUCUUUCCUACCCACACUCUCCCAUUCGAACCCAAACAACCAAUGCACUCUCCCUCCAACCUCUCUCUUCGGCACCAGAAUCACCCUCCUACGCGCCACCUCAUCGUCCCGUUCCCUCCCCAACACAAGUUGCAGUGCCACGUCAGCAACCGUGUCGUUUAGCCUCCCCACCCCGAAACCCCUUUCGGAUACGCCCGAUAAAACCCCAAAGUGGUCGGAGAGGGCUAUAAAAUCGUAUGCAAUGGGGGAAUUGGAAGCGAGGAAGCUCAAGUAUCCAAACACGGGAACCGAGGCGAUUCUCAUGGGGAUUUUGGUUGAAGGAACAAGUAAUGCUGCAAAAUUCUUAAGAGCUAAUGGAAUUACUCUUUUGAAAGCACGUGAAGAAACAGUAGAGCUACUUGGGAAAUCUGAUUUGUUUUUCUUCAGCCCUGAGCAUCCUCCUUUGACUGAACCAGCCCAGAAAGCCCUUGAUUGGGCAAUUGAGGAGAAAUUGAAGUCAGCAGGUGAAGGAGGAGAAAUAAACGUCACACAUUUACUUCUAGGAAUAUGGUCACAAGAAGAAUCAGCAGGUCAACAGAUCUUGGCUACUCUAGGUUUCGAUGAUGGAAAAGCCAAAGAACUUUCUAAAAAAAUUGAUGGAGAUGUUUGAUUUAAGUUUCAAAAGGGGCAAGCUUAAGAAAUUUCUUGCAGAUUGAUGGUUGAUUAAUACCCGUUGACCCUUGGGGUUGCAAGUUCCUCUUAGGGAAAAUUAACUAUACUCCCUCAAGAUUAUCAACAAGUACCUGUGUUAAUGUUAUUUCAAAUGCUGUGUCGUACACCAUUUUGGGGAUGAUGUAUUUCUUAUUCUUUUUUAAUUUAUCCAAGUUUUGUGGAAGUUAAUUUUUUAGCAGUGUGUGAUGGUGGAAUUGCAGUCACACACUGCAUCAUCUCUAGUCUCUACCCUGUUCUGUAACUUAUCACCCUGUAACUUAUACAAGUUGUAUCUGUAUCAUUUUGCUAACACCAAAACUUUUUUACUACGAAAUGAAUUAAUUGUAAUGGACUGUCAUAAGAUCUUAUGAUCGGUGAAAGAAAUGAUUCAUUUGUUUCAUGCAUUA